GCGGGAAUAAUGUGUCGUCGUGUGCAUAACCUCGAUCCUUCCGAACCGAAAACUGACAGUUCAAUAACAUCAUCCCCAAAAAAUUGUGAUAAUGUCUCACAAUAGUAAGAAUUAUCAUGACCUGGAUAUUACGAAAUUAUUCGAAGAACACACGAUCAAGGAGAUCGAGCAAAUUCAGAAGAAAAUACUUGUCGACAUCGACUGGAAGAAAGUCGAGCUGCGAACACUUGUUGGAGAGAGGUACAGAGACUUGAUCCAGGCUGCAGAUACGAUAGCUGAGAUGAAGAGGACAUCGGGGGAUGUAAUCCAGAGGAUCGCAGGGAUCGAGGAUAAAUUCAGAGAGCUUCAGCAAAAAUAUUUAAUCGGUUUUAAGCUAGAUCCACCAGAAAAACCCAUAGGCAGACUGAAGAGCGAUGUCUUCGACUCAGUUGUCGUGCAGAUCAAGAUCCUAGUGGAUAUUCCAGAGUACAUCUGGUCGGCGAUCGAUGCCAGAGAUAUCCUGAGAGCCAGCCAAUUAUUUAUCCUAGGACAACACAUCAAUUACAGUUUGACAUUCGAAAUUGGACAGUCGGUUUUGAAUGAGAGGUAUCCACUCGUGGGCAAACAAUGGUGCAUUAUCAAUAAUUUUCGGAGUAUUAUCUCUGGGGAGUGCUCCAAGACACUGCAGUCUCUGGAUCUGACUCCUGGGGUAGCUGCCAACUGUCUGUCGUCUUUGGUUCUGAUGGAGAAGACGAGUUCAAAGGAUUUGUUCGAAAAAAUAAUUCAAUUCAGGAGUAAAGCUAUAGAGUCAAUAGUUAAAGACGAGAGCCCUCACAGUGUCAGGCACAGAAUAAAACUCUGUGUAAGACUCCUGAUGGACACAAUUGUCCUGAUCCAUUCCUGUUUUAUAAAAGCUGCACCCCACGACGAGGGGUUGAUCUCUCAUCAUAUAAAAUCGAUAACAAUCCAGGAAGCCUCGACGAUGCUCUCCCAGCUGGACGUGAGUCCCCAGCUUCUUGACAAAUAUCUUCCCUCAGUGACAAAAAACCACAAACCCUUCGCGAAAGGUGAAUUCAAAGAGCUCUCCCCUUCUGACGUCACCUCAAGCCUCUCCCAAUGGUUCUCCUGGGUGAAAAAAUUCACUUCCGUUUCCAUAAGGCAUCUCUUGAACCUGGUGACCUCAGUGCGAGGCCUCUUCACAAUCCGCGAGGAGUCCAUCGCCCUCGAGCUUCCCUCCAACUGGACAAAUAUCUGGAAAGACCUGUCCUCCCCUCCUCUCAACUUCUGGACAGAAUUUUUCCACCCACUGCUUACUGAACGAGUAAUGGAGCUGUUGAAACUCCGUUUAGAGACCGCCCUGGGGUCUCUGAAAACCUCGAUAAUCGACUUCCUCACAAAACUCCCAAACGAGAAGUUCUCGUCCCCAGAGCACGACCUCCAGUGGUUGGUCUGGAAAGACUCUCCUUUGGACAUCCCCCAGAAACUCUCCAAAUCGUCUUCCCUGGAUACAAAACGCUCCCUCCUGAUGAAAGCGAGGGGCUACUCCUCGAACCUAGUGGGCCUCUGCGAGAGUCUCGAUAAAGACCUCCACAAUCUGCUCUCGGACCUCGAGCAGUACCUGUAUGAAUCUGAAAAUGUCCCAGUCACCCAGGACCUCCUGAGUCUCACUCUGUCCUCAGUUAUCGACAAAUUUUGGGACAGGACAGCCAUCCAGGAAGACCUCCAGCGUACCAGUGCCAGUCUGACCGAGCGUAUUGUGGAGUUUAUAAGACUCGAGUGUACCAGUGAAUCCCCAAAAUUCGGUAAGAGGGAAAUUAAUGCCAUCGUAAUGGCGAGAUUCCUCCAGGCGAUGACGUCCAUCUGCCCGAGUCUGAACAAAUGCUUCACCUUAUCGAAAAUCUCUGGCCUGACAAUCACAAACGUCAAGUGGCAGAACGUAUGCGAUAAAAUGAGAGAGGAGACGACGAAUAUCUGGUUGAUCUGGGUGAGCUGCUACAGGGAGAAGCUGAAGAGUCAUCUUCACAGAUUUCUGGUGUCUGAAUCCAUUGAUGGACUCAGGAUCAGGAGUAUUGUUUGUGAGUGGGAGAGGGUAACUAUCGAGGAGGAGGGAGAGGAGGGCAGAAGGAUCAAGUCGGAGAUUCUGGUGCCUUAUCAGCCCUCGGUUUCUCUGCAGAAGUUCCUCGCUGCUGUCACCCGGGACUUGAAUAAAGUUAUCCCUCACACAAUUCCGAAGAAAGUGGUGAACGAAUUCAGUGGGAAUGUCGUUGGGGAGCUCUUUGGAUAUUUCGAGGGGGCUCUAGAGGGGGAGAUCAGGCAGAAGCAAGCGUUCCAGGUUCUGCUGGAUGUCAAAUAUGUGACGAUGAUGCUCGUUCCCAGGGAGAGCAAACAACUCGUCGACAGAUCUCAGGAGAUUUGUAAUCGAGUCCUCGCCAGCAUCGAUCCUUUUGAUUCUGAUGUUUUUUAUCCAUUCAUUCACGUGAAUGUUAAAAAGAGUGUACAAAGAACGUUGCUAAUAUUUGGAAAUCUCGUACCUCACUUGGAGCAAUUGCAUUCGGUGCUGGGUGCACGUGGAGAAUUAGUCGACAGUGGAAAAUCGAUAUCCGAUCCUCCUGGGGUACUAGCAGUUUGCUCUGGUGCACCAUGGUUUCCACCACUGGCAGUCACAGUACCUUCUAGAAAUUUGCCAUUAAUUCCCGUGGCUAUUCCAGAUAAAACACAGCGAAAGAAAGUGCCAGUGAAGGAACACACAAGGAGUGACUCAACUGGCUCGACAAUUAAAUCUGGAGCAGCUGCUUUCUUCGGAGCUAUGGGGACUGAUUGGUUUGGCUCCAAUUAAUCAGUCUAUUGUUAUGGAGUUUUUAUAUUUUAUUGUAAUUGUAAAUAAACAGAGUCAUUA